AUGACCAUGACUACGGCCAUCUUUGACCACCAUGUCGACCCUAUCCACCAAUCCCAGUUUUUAGCCAAGAGGCUCCCGGCACCCUCUGUCGCUUCCCUCGAUGGCCCCGCCAUUGCCAAGCAGCUCAUCGCCGAUGCCCUCGCCCGUCGUGUCGAGGCCGUCGACCACGAGCUCUGUGAGCCUGGCGAUGAGGACACCUUCUUUGUAGCCGAUCUUGGCGACGUUUACCGUCAGCACAUGCGCUGGAAGAAGAAUCUCCCUCGUGUCCGUCCCUUCUAUGCUGUCAAAUGCAACCCCGACCCCAUGGUCCUUCGUCUCCUCGCCGCCCUUGGCACCGGCUUCGACUGCGCCUCCAAGACUGAGAUCGACCAGGUCCUCUCCAUGGGCUGCUCUCCCGAUCGCAUCAUCUACGCUCAGCCUUGCAAGACCAACUCGUACGUUCGCUACGUCAAGGCUGCCGGCGUCCGCCAGAUGACCUUUGACAACACCGACGAGCUCUACAAGAUUGCCAAGCACUUCCCCGAAGCCGAGCUUUACCUGCGCAUCAUUACCGACGACACCUCCUCCGCCUGCCGCCUCAGCAUGAAGUUUGGUGCGCCCAUGGACACCACUGACAGCCUCCUUGGCCUCGCCAAGGAACUCGGCCUCAACGUCGUCGGUGUUAGCUUCCACGUCGGCUCCGGCUCCGCUGACCCCAUGGCCUAUUACCAUGCCGUCAAGGAUGCUCACGUCGUUUUCCAGCAGGCUGCCACCCACGGCUUCCACUUGCGCACUCUCGACGUUGGUGGUGGCUUCUCGGGUGCUACCUUCGAGGUCAACGCCGCUGUCCUUAGCGGCGCCCUCGACGAGCUCUUCCCGGCUUCCAGCAAUGUCGAGAUCAUUGCUGAGCCCGGUCGUUACUAUGUCGCCUCGGCCUUUACCAUUGCCUGCAACGUCAUUGCCCGCCGCACCGUCGAUGACCCCGCCACCGGCGCCACCUCGUACAUGAUUUACAUCAACGAUGGCGUCUACGGUAACUUUUCCAACAUCAUGUUCGACCACCAGAACCCCAUCGCCAAGGUCCUGCGCCGCAACGGCGAGACUGUCUACGACACCGAACUCGCUGGCCCCGCAAUCGACGGCAUCGAGUACUCGGUCUGGGGUCCUACCUGCGACGGCAUCGACCGCAUCACCGAGAGCACCCACUUCUCGCACCUCGUCGAUGUGGGUGACUGGCUCUACUUUGAGGACAUGGGUGCCUACACCAAGUGCUCCGCCACCCAGUUCAACGGCUUCUCCAACGCCCACGACACCAUCUAUGUCUCCUCUGAGCCUGCCGUCAAUGCUCUCAUCGGCAUGUAA